AUGCCGGCUGAGAACCUGACGGAUGCUUUUGGCAACACGACGCUUCUCAUCGGCAACGACUCAGCCAAGACGCUGGUGCUUUUCAACAUUGGUCGCCCAAACAUGCCAGAUGUGGGCGCGGCGUCGAUCGACAAUGACCUCAUCAAGGAGCAGCCACUGCAUCUGGGCUCUCAAGUGCCUCUCAUCUCGGGAUGUAAGAUGAAAGACGCCAACGAUAGCAACCUCUUUGUCUUUCUGUACUACUACCUCCACACUACCCCGGACGCGAUCCCCAGCGAGGAAAACUACAAUAAGUUCAUUGUGGCGCGGGGUCCCGGCGCAGACCUGCUCAACCGCACGUACCCGCUCGGCGCCUUUGUCUCCGCGCUCAACGGUAGCGUCGCCGAGGCCGUCGUCGCCGGCGUGUCGCGCAUGGUGACGGCUGCGAGCUACAAGUGCCCCUCGUACAAGGUGCACCGGGCCGCGCACGCCGCGCGCACACGCUCCUACGCGUACCAGUUCGACCACCAGCCCAGCUGCCCGUGGCUGUUCGGCGACGGGGUCGGGCCGGUGCCGGCUGCCGGCGCCGCCGCGGACAUAUACGGCGCGGCGCACUGCGCGGAGCUGCCGUUUGUUUUCGGUACCAUGGACCGCAGGCCGUUUGGCGAGGGCAACUGCUCAGCGUCGGCGGCGGAGCGCGCGCUGAGCGAGGUGAUGGGGGCGGCUUGA